GAAUCUACAGCAAUUCCUUCACUUAGUAGGUCUACUGAUUGUAAUCUUAUCACCCAUGGCCUCUAUGCCAAGAAGAGGCUACCAUUAAAGUAUGUGUCACUAUUGGUUUUAACUCUACAAAAUGCAGCUCUUAUAUUGGUCAUGCGCUACACACGGACACGGACAGGUGAUAUGUUUGUAUCAUCGACAGCUGUGGUCAUGUCAGAGAUGUGUAAAUUCUUUACCUGUGUGGUCAUCAUAACUGUCCAAGAAGGAGGCUUUAGGAACUUUCUAAGUGUAGUAAAAAAAGAUAUAAUCGAUGAACCGUUGGACUGUGUGAAAGUAUGUGUGCCUUCAAUAGUUUAUAUAGUACAAAAUAAUCUCCUGUAUUUAGCGGUUUCUAAUCUUGAUGCUGCAACAUUUCAGGUGACAUAUCAACUGAAAAUUUUAACAACAGCAAUAUUUUCUGUGUUUAUGCUAAAGAGAGAAAUAGCCAAAUUACAAUGGGUGUCGUUAUUAAUACUUUUUGCAGGUGUUUCAGUCGUCCAGCUCCAGGCAGAUAGUAAUAAUACCAAGACACCUACUGUAAUGCAGAAUCCUUUCAAAGGACUUGUAGCUGUAGUCAUUUCCUGUGUUCUGUCUGGGUUUGCCGGUGUUUACUUUGAAAAAAUUCUAAAAGGAACCAGGCAGUCGGUUUGGAUCCGCAACAUCCAAUUAAGUGUCUUUGGCGUCAUCGUUGGACUAUUUACCAUGGAGAUCAAAGAUGGCACAUCCGUUCACGAGAAAGGAUUUUAUUUUGGAUACACAUGGCUUGUUUGCCUGGUAAUUGCUUUACAAAGUUUUGGUGGAUUAGUUGUGGCUGUAGUCGUGAAAUACGCUGACAACAUUUUAAAAGGAUUUGCCACGUCUGCAUCUAUAGUAUUAUCAUGUAUAGCUUCCAUUUAUUUCUUUGACUUUCAGCUGACCUUACAGUUUACCGUUGGUGCUCUAUUUGUAAUGCUGGCAGUUUAUAUGUAUAGUAAGUUUGUACCUUUACCAAAAGAAAAACCUCUCAAUUUUUAAAGAAAAAUUUGGGAGGAGACAAAAUUGUACAUGCAUCGAUCAGAAUCCAUUAAUUAUUAGUGAGGAAAAGAUCUUUUCAUUAUCACUUGCAAUUACAUCAUAAAAGCUUAUGAGGAGCUUUGAGGGAACUGUUAUUCUUUCAUAAAGUAGAAAAUUGGGGCUUCAGAUAAUUAUAUUUAUUUUGUUUUGUAUUUGCUAAAAUAAUUAUUUCAUUUAUAUGUCUAUAUUAUAUUUAUUUUAUGAUCCUAUCUUAUUUUGUCAUCAAUAAUUAGAUCAUGUCUGUUGUACAGAUAUUUGAAUGUUCAGUUGUUCAGCACAAAAUGUAAACAUCUGUGGCAGACUUAAUGGAGUUUAUUCUAAAGUCGGACGCAUAUUGUUUCAAAUAAAAACAAAACGGAAAAUAAAAUGUGUAGCUGUUCUUUUUCGUAUUGAUGUGUGACGAUUAAAAACUGUUUAGCCCAAUGUUUAUUGUUUAUCUAAAUGAGAUUGCAUUCAACCAGUUAUAUUGAAUUGUAUUGUGUCAUUCAAAAUGACGACUCCUAUGGAAGUUACUGAGUCUGAGGAAAUUCCCCUUGAAGGACAUUACUUCUGUAAAAUUCAAAGAACUAGGGGAAUUUUGUAAAAUUUAAUGUAAGCCACUAUUUUGAAAUUAUGUGAUUUUUUUGAUUUUCUUUGUUGUUUCAUGGUUUUUUUUGGUAGUAUGCAGUUUGUUUUUGUUGUACUUGAUAAACAAGAAACGUUAGCUACAAAAAUCUGUUUCUGUUUAUUUGAAUCCGUGUGUGUCUGACUGAACACUAACAGUUCAUAUUAAAUUUGUUUAAUAAUUCAUCUGUAAUAUUCAAAUCGAUUAGACAGGUUUUCUAGGAAAUGAAAUUAACUAAGGUAAGUGUAACAUAUGAUAAUGAUAGAACAAUAGAUUUUGUUCUAAUCUUCUAUUCACCGCUUUUUCAACAAUAUUUUAAGAUAGUUAAUGGUUAUUACAUGGAAUAGAUAAACACCUAAACCUUUUGUAAGUUUGAUUAGAUUAAAAUGAUUGAUACCUUCAUCAGAUUUUAUCCAAUCAGAUUAAAUGUUAAAUUUCAUUUCCAAUCUAAUUAAAAUGCAAAUCUUAAUUCUUCUCGUUUUGAUUUUGUUGUCUUCAUGACUUAAAGAGUUUUUAAAUAAAACGUGUUUUGUUUGAUGUGGAGGGUUCUGUUUAGUCGAGCUUUGCAUAAGCUGUUCACAGCAUUUUGGAAGUAACCCUGAAAUUUAGAUAUAGUAUCUAUAUGACCAAUGAGGUGAUCUCCCACACAAACUGCUCAUGUUUUUAUGGAGUGGAGGCUGUCCAAACGAAACUUAAGUCUGAAUUUUUAUCAGAUUGCUCUUUUGUCCUUCAAUUAAAGUUCUCAUGUAAGUCAUACAAUUUAUUAAAGAUCAAAUGGCAUGUUAAGCUUUAUUUGAAUUGUAUAAAUUUUGUGAUAUAAACCUCUGUAGAAACCAUGGAAAUCAGAGAUGCAUUUUUAUCGUGAAAGCUAAGUGACUCAGAAACAAAUUUUAUUAAUGUUGAUUUAACUUAAACCAUUCUUCAUCUAAAGUUUCUGUUACCCAGUUCAUUGACUUUUCAUUGAGGUAUUUAUUUUCAUUUAUUUAUAUGUUAACCCUUCAUGGAUGGUACAUCAAAGUAUAUUGAAAACUCACAGUAUUACCUUGAAAGAAGGGCACAUACAUGGGGUGUAAAUGAGCUUUAUAUAAAUAGGUUAUUUAUGGGCUUUCAGAACAUAUAUAUUCAUAUAAAUCAUAUGUAGAAAACUAUAUAUAUUGGUAUGAUUAAUCCAAUAUCCAACUCUUUUCCUCUUUUUUUUUCAUAAGGGCAUUUGGUUUGUCAGUAUUACACACCAUUCCUCUCUCUUUCAUUUUUAUACGCCCACAUUGAAAUGUGGUUGUAUAUUGUCGUCACCCCCGUCCGUCCGAAUUGUGGACGCUUUAGAGGCUAAAGUUAAUAUCCGAUUGACUUUAAAUUUAUACACAGUGUUUAAGGUCAUGAGACGAAGAAUCCUAUUCAUUUUCAGCAAUUUCCGACAAUUACUUCCAGAGUUAUGGCCCUUGAUUACUUCAAAAAAUCUUAUGGACGCUCUAGAGGCUAAAGUUAAUAUCCGUUUGACUUUAAAUUUAUACACAGUGUUUAAGGUCAUGAGACGAAGAAGUCUAUUGAUUUUCAGCGAUUUCCUAUAAUUACUGCCAGAGUUAUGGCCCUUGAUCACUUUGAAAAAUCUUGUGGACGCUCUAGAGGCUAAAGUUAAUAUCCGAUUGAGUUUAAAUUUAUACACAGUGUUUAAGCUCAUGAGACGAAGAAUCCUAUUGAUUUUCAUCCAUUUCCGAUAAUUACUGCCAGAGUUAUGGCCCUUGAUCACCUCAAAAAAUCUUGUGGACGCUCUAGAGGUCAAAGUUAAUAUCCAAUUAACUUUAAAUUUAUACACAGUGUUUAAGGUCAUGAGACAAAGAAGCCUAUUGAUUUUCAGCAAUUUCCGAUAAUUGCUGCCAGAGUUAUGGCCCUUGAUCACUUUGAAAAAUCUUAUGGACGCUCUAGAGGCUAAAGUUAAUAUCCGUUUGACUUUAAAUUUAUACACAGUGUUUAAGGUCAUGAGACGAAGAAGCCUAUUGAUUUUCAUCCAUUUCCGAUAAUUACUGCCAGAGUUAUGGCCCUUGAUCACCUCAAAAAAUCUUGUGGACGCUCUAGAGGUCAAAGUUAAUAUCCAAUUAACUUUAAAUUUAUACACAGUGUUUAAGGUCAUGAGACAAAGAAGCCUAUUCAUUUUCAGCGAUUUUCAAUAAUUACUUCCAGAGUUAUGGCCCUUGAUCACCUCGAAAAUCUUGUGGACACUCUAGAGGCCAAAGUUGAUAUCCGAUUGACUUUAAAUUUAUACGCAGUGUUUACGGUCAUAAGACGAAGAAGCGUAUUGAUUUUCAGAAAUUUCCAUUAAUUACUGCCCUUGAUCACUUCAAAAAAUCUUGUGGAUGCUCUUGAGGCUAAAUUUAUUUAAAUUUAUACACAGUGUUUGAGGUCAUGAGACAAGGAAUCCUAUUGAUUUUCAACAAUUUCCGAUAAUUACUACCAAACUUAUGGCCCUUUGAAAAAAUUGUGACAUUCUAGUGGCUAAAGUUAUCAUCCGAUUGACUUCAGACUGAUAAUUACUUCAUGAGUUGUUACUCUUAAUCAGAUUUUAGUGUAUUAUAAAUGUUUCAUUACCAAAAAAAGUAAAAAAUAUGCGACAACACUUGUUGACUGCCCGGAUGAUUUAGCUGCUGUGGGCGUAUGUUUCGUUGCCGGGCAACCUAUCUUUUUUGUUGUAGUGGAGCUUUCCUUUUUUUGAAAAUAAUCUUGUGUAUUUAAAACAAGAUUGAAGAAACUUUUGAAAUGAUUGAUACAUAAGUACUAUAUGAUAACCUAGAUUUUUCUAUUGACAAGAUUGAAAGAUAAAAAAUGUUUUUCAGUAGCAUAUGGUGUGUUAUAUAUGAACUACCAUCAUUCACAUAUUACUCAAAUGUUCAAAAUAUGCCAUUAAUGUAAAGCCCUCGGAUAUUGUGUAAUUAACAUCUGAGUACCGAUAUUAUAAAACAAUUUUUUAUGAAUAUGCUGGCUUGUAUGAAAAAUAUAGAAUUAUUGGGUUUUUAUUGGUCAAAAGACCUAAGACACAUGGGUGUUGAUGUGAAAUCAGAAGAAACCAAUGUAAACUUUAAAUGGCUAUGUUACUUAAGUUGUAAUUUAAAUAAAGUACAGGUAAAAUUCCCUGAGUAACAAAUGUGACAAGACAGUCUUAUCAAGUUUGUUGCUUGCAGAAUUUUACCUAUAUAUUUCAUUUAUAUUUUAUUUCAAUCUCCAGCCGUAUUCUUCCACCCAUCAUUGUAAGGAGUUAAUUUGUCAGUCUUGGAUUUCAUUUAAGUUAGAAUUGAUGGACUUGAUUCUUGAAUAAUUUUCGACCAGAUUCUUUAAAGAUACAAGUACUUUUGAUUGGAUAUAUGGUCUUAAAUUCUAUAUUUGUCUUUAAGCUAUAUAUUAAGAAACCAUAAUUUAUCAAGUAUAUGUAUUCAUCAAGUUUAUAAGCCUUCUGAUGUCAUUGUUAGUUGAGUUAUAAACAAGACAUCAGUGGACCAAGUCUUUGCAUUGAUAAGAAAAGUUUACAGUACAGAAUAAACGGAAGAAAUAAAAAACAGAAUUAAAAAAUAUUUGUUUAUAAUUAGAUUAGGUCCACUUUCAUUGGUUUCUGAGGAAUUUUCUCAUGAAGGUGAUUAGAAUUAUGCUUUGACUAGUGGUAGGGGUGUUGGGUUGCUGAAUGGUUUAACUUUUGCGUGUUAGAUCAUGCGAUCUGUCAUUGAGACAAGUGGCGUGAUUUCAACUGCUCACGUGUACAUGAAGAAGAAUAUGAAUAGGGUCGCCUGUCCAGCCUCAAAGGGGGUGGGGUAUGGGUCAUCCGAUUUUCUCCCACAGCUUAAGACCCCAACACACAAGCAAAUUAUUGAAGUAAAUUGAACCAUAUGUUCAUCCUAGUUUGUGUCAAGUGGGCAUUAACUCUCUCACUCUCUCUCUCUCUCACUCUCUCUCACUUAUGACUGUUUGGUGAGAAGAAACCCAGAUCAUUUGUCACUAUGAACUAAGUGGUAGUAAUCUGCUUAUGAAUUCAGUUUGUUUAUAUAAAGUAUGUGAUAGAGUAAAUGAUUGAUAGUCUAUGAUGGAUUACCCAUGAUGUAGAAGCAAAUUAAUGCAACAUUUGGAAUAAUGCAUCCUGAGAACAUUAGCUUUAACAAAUUGUUAACAUUUAUAGAUUUUGAGUAAAUCACAAACUGUGUAUAUUAAUUUUAUAGUGUAUAUUUUUAUUGUUAGGCUUUGUAUGAUAAAUCAUUGUAUAUACCUCAGACCUGGUAUACUACUUAUUUUUGCUAAUAAUAUAUUUAUGCAAAUUGUUGAAAAUUAAAUUAUUAUAUAUCUUAAAACAACACAAGUUGAUGGAGGAGGAAACAAUUACAAUAUUUGAUACAAUUCAUUGAAAAACAAUAUACACUGUUAAAACAGUAUUUCUUAGCAAGUAUUAAAGAUAUAUUUCUUUGACAAUCAAUAUCCUAUAGAAAAUAUGUGUUUAAAUUAUUUUUUUAUAAGAUAUUUCAAGAGAAGCAGGUAUUACGCAAUGAAAUAUUAACAUUAAGGUCAAUUUGAAUGUGUUAUCGAUGUCAUUAUCUUUGAUUUAUUAAUACUUGUUUUAAUUUAAGCAGGUUUUUAUGGGUUAUCCUCAAGAGGCUGAUUAUUCAUGACAUCAUUACUUCUUCUCUCAUCAAAACUUUCUCAUAUUAUUAUCAUGUAACUUUAUAUUAUCACCUCUAUUGUCAUGUUUGAUAUGCCCCUUGGAAAAAUAAAUAAAUACUAAUGGCAGAACUUAUGAUGAUAGUCAGUAUUAAAUUAAUUGAAUAAUUGUAUACUUAUUGUGAGAUUAUGCAAUUUUAUUUUUCUUGUUCACACAUAAGCACCAUACUAUUGGAUACUGUAAAGACAAAUUGCAUGGGUCAAUUGAAGGUCUAUUAAUUCUCAGAGGAAUAUAUCUUUAAGUAAGAUUUUAGAUUUUCAGUCACUAUCACACAUUUUACCAUCUUUUCUUUUGGAAUCCAACAACUUACAUUUUUAAAAAUCGCUUUGAAGAAAUUAAUAUGAUUACAUGUGUUAUUUAAAUUGGGUUUAUAGUUAUGAUUGCGGGUGUGAUAUUAUUAAAGCUGUGGGGAAAAAUAAAGUGAAAAAGUGUA